AUGCUGGUGGGGUAUGGCAAAGGCACACAUAUAUCAGUCACAGAUUCAGUGCUGUUACUGUGGUUCACUCGUUCCUCUCAAGUGGCGCUGCAUGUGCUGGAGCGGGAGUCCUCCAAACCCCUGACUGGCACCUGGGCUCUGCUGUCACCUGUCAGGUUCAGCACAUCACCCUCAUCCCACCGGGUACAGAGAGGAUCAGCUUCACCCCGACAAACGGAUGCCUUUGCAAUCUUUCUUCUUCGCUGCCUGGCUGUGGUUUCUCUGUGGCUUGUGCUGUUGCUGGGGGAGAUCAAACACGCCAUCGAGCAAAGGAAAGAUGUAAGCAAUGAUCCUCGGAUUAUUUCUAUUAAAGCAACUAUUGGGGAAGAUAUUACGUUGAACGGUAGCUUUACCAUCGAUGACAACCCAGAACACCUUACGAUUACAUGGAACAAAAUGGGAUCCAAAGGUUUUGUGUAUCGUAUCAGAAAUAAUAAACAUCUACAAGAAGAGCAGGAUCCAACCUAUGCAAACAGAACUGAGGUUUCGCCAAGUAUAAAUAAUGAUUCUGGGACCAAUCUCGAUUCAUUGCUGAAACCCAGCAAUGAAAAUGGAUCUUUUUCUGCGGAACAACAGGGGACUUCUACUUUUGUUUGCAAUUAUAUUUGUAUCAUCAUUAUCUGUGUUGGUGUAAUGGGCGUCAUCUUUGUCAUUGGUCUGCUGUGCAAGUCAAUGAUCCUUCAACAAUUGAGAAGAUACAGAAGAGGGGAACCAAAAUGAUUGAGGGGAU